CCCAUCCCCCGUGUGAUCUCCAUCAUCGGCUUAUCCAAAGUCUUUAUCCAACCAUCAAGAAGCGAUUUAACUCCGAGCCAACACGCUACUACGAGGUCGGACUAUUGGGCGGACCGGAUGUCGGCAAGUGGAGGGGUAUCGCGAGACGCCGUGAACUCGGACUCCGAGCCUGCCUCAACAACAUAAAUAAGCCCCCUCAACACCUGUUGUAGAGGCUAAGUCGGCGGUAGAUAACUACAUAAUUACAAUUUCCAUUGAAUAGGCUUCCAUUGUUGUACAAUUCUGAAGAUGAAGGAAAACGAAACCCCGCUGUACGCAACCCCCGAGCUCAGCCGCAAGGUCACCGAGUACUCUGCGCAGCAUUCAACGCCACUGCCCAAAUACAUCACCGACUUCCACGCCUCCAUCGCAGCGAACCGUGAUGACUCAUAUUUCAUGAGUUCCAACUUUCAGUCCCAGUGGAACUAUGUCUUAGCCAGGUCUAUUGGCGCAAAGCGAGUCUUGGAAAUCGGCGUCUAUGUUGGCUACUCCGCCAUGGUCUGGUCUCAUGCUGUCGGGCCGGAAGGACGCGUCACGGGCCUAGAGUUCGAGCCCAAGUAUGCCAAGAUAGCCAACGACGCCUUCGCCGCCAACCGCAUCAUGAACGUCGAGAUCGUCGUGGGCCCCGCUGCCGAGACACUGUCCAAGCUCAGCCCGAGCGAGCCCUACGACAUCGUCUUCAUCGACGCAGACAAGACGGGAUACCCUGGGUAUCUGAAGCAGCUGCUGGAGGGGUCUCAGCCCGGGAGCACACGUCGCCUGCUGCGCCCCGGUGCACUCGUCGUCUCCGACAACGUGCUGCGUAGAGGCCUCGUAGCUGAUCUUGACACAGUCCUAGAGGAGGACAGGAUGAAACACAUCCUUGCGGUGAGGGAGUUUAACGACUUGUGUGUGUCGAACCCAAGGCUCGAGACGUUCCUUCUGCCCCUCUGGGAUGGUGUCAACAUCACGAGAUUAGUUGAUUAGUGUAAAUAUGACAAUCACAUACAGUCACCGAGCCACCAUGGCGUGAUUAGUUGGUGAAUUCAAAUGUGGCAAUAGCAGUACACAAUUACAUUUAUGUUGUAUGCAUAUAAUGAUUCAG